AUGCCUCCAAAAGAGAAACCCAGGGCGGACUAUACCCCCAAGGCGACAUCACCUGAUAUUGGUGGAAGGAAAGCCACGGGCAGUGACAAGCUUACUCUAGUUGAACAAAGGCAGUUUAUUUAUGUCAGAAUUGUGAGAGCCACUGGCUUGCCAAUGAACAACAUGACUGGCACUUGCAACCCUUUUGUGGAGCUAAAGAUUGGAAACUACAAGGGAAUAACUAGAUGCUUUGAGCAGACCUCAAACCCAGAAUGGAACGAAGUCUAUGCUUUCACAAGAGAUCAGAUUCUCGGCGGGAGAUUAGAGAUCUUGGUAAGGGAUAAGGAAUCUGCGAUUAAUGAGAUCACUGGCCAUCUUUCCUUUGAUUUGGGCCAUAUUCCAACGCGGUUUCCACCAGAUAGUCCAUUGGCACCACAGUGGUAUAAGUUAGAGGAUCGCAAUGGGGUUAAGAUUGUAGGAGAGUUGAUGUUAGCUGUUUGGAUAGGGAAUCAAGCUGAUGAUGCAUUUCCGGUUGCUUGGCAUUCCGAUGCAGCUGCCGUUAGUGGCAAAAGCGUGACAAAAACUCGUUCUAAUGUAUACCUCUCCCCCGUACUUUGGUAUCUCAGAAUUCAAGUGAUUGCAGCGCAAGAUUUGGCACCUGCGGACAGGAGCAGGAAACCAGAAGCUUACGUCAAGGCUGUUCUUGGGAACUUGGUUUUGAGGACUAAAGUCUCAAAGGACACGAAUUUGAAUCCCACUUGGAAUGAGGAGGUGAUGUUUGUUGCUGCAGAGCCAUUUGAUGAUCCUUUGGUUUUGAGUGUGGAGGACAAGAUGGGAGCUGAUAAUGAUGCAUGUUUAGGGAGGUCAGUGAUUCCUUUGCACCAAGUGGAGAAGAGAUUGCUUCCUCAACCUAUUGGUGAUCAGUGGAUUACUCUUCAGAAGCAUGUUGCGGAGGGUGAGGAGAAGACCGAAGUGAAGUUUGUUGGUAGGCUUCAUUUGAGGAUCUUUUUAGAUGGUGUGUAUCAUGUUUUUGACGAGCCAACUUACUACUGCAGUGAUUUGAGGGCAACAUCUCCCAAGUUAUGGCCAGAGAAAAUUGGGGUAUUGGAGCUAGGCAUCCUAAAAGCCGAAGGGUUGCUACCAACGAAGUCCAAGGGUGGUCGUGGAACCACCGAUGCUUAUUGUGUAGCGAAAUACGGGCAAAAGUGGGUUAGAACUAGAACUAUAGUAGACAGUUUUGCUCCAAAGUGGAAUGAGCAAUACUACUGGGAUGUUUAUGAUCCGUACACAGUUGUCACUAUUGGAGUUUUUCAUAAUUAUCAUUUACAGGAAGGGGAUAAGAAUGGAGGGAAGAGGGAUCCAAGACUUGGCAAGGUAAGGAUUCGGUUGUCUACUCUCGAGACUGGUAGGAUUUACACACAUUCCUACCCGCUUAUAGUCUUGCAACCUAAUGGAUUGAAGAAAAUGGGAGAGCUUCAUUUGGCUGUGAAAUUUAGCUGCAGCAAUUGGAUUGACUUGUUUCAUACUUACUCACAGCCUUUACUUCCUAUGAUGCAUUACCUUAAGCCAUUAUCAGUCUAUCAGCUUGAGAGCUUAAGACACCAAGCUACUUAUACUCUCUCUUUGAGGCUUGGCCGUGCCGACCCACCUCUAAGCAGGGAGGUUGUGGAAUGCAUGCUUGAUACAGGUGUAAACAGAUGGAGCUUGAGAAGAGGAAAGGCAAAUUGCGAGAGAGUCAUGGCAUGUUUGAGUGGUAUCGUUUUUAUUUGGAGGCAGUUUGAUCAGACACGCCAUUGGAAGAAUUCAGCAGUCACAAUCCUAAUUUACUCAUUGUUCGCUGCUAUGGUUAUGUCCCCAAAACUAAUAUUGCCUGCUUUCCUUUUGGCUUUCUUCGUGCUUGGGGUUUGGCGCUUUCCGAAGAGGCCGAGACAUCCUCCACACAUGGAUACCAAAUUAUCUCAUGCUGAAACUGCACAGCAUGAUGAACUCGACGAAGAAUUCGAUACAUUUCCAACUUCCAAGCAAGGUGAAGCACUGAAGACAAGGUAUGAUAGAUUGAGAGGGAUUGCAGGGAGGUUGAUGAUAAUGAUAGGAGAUUUGGCAACUCAAUUGGAGAGGAUCCAUGCUCUUGUAAGCUGGAGGGAUCCGCGAGCUACUGCAAUGUUUUUGAUAUUCUGUCUGAUUGCUUGUAUUUUGGUUCAUAAAGUUCAGUUCAGGUACUUGGUUCUUGUCGCAUGGACUUAUGCAAUGAGGCCUCCGAGACUUCGUGUUGGCAUUCCUUCUAUUCCCCAAUGUUUCCUCAGGAGAUUGCCUGCUAAAACAGACAGCAUGUUGUAAGCAAAAACAUUGUUCUGAUAUGCUGUGAAAUGAUAGGCCAAUUUGAUUCUAGUAGUUCUCAAUGUUUAUCACACUGAAAUUGCAAAGUUUUUACAUGAAUAAAAGUGCAUUUAAACUAUCUAUUUGUUGAUAAUGGGUUUUGAACUUUUAGAUUUUUUCUUGGUGAUAUGCUUCAGCUUCCAUAGUAUAUGGAACUUCCACCUCUCUCUAUUUUCCCAUUAUGUUAAGCACAAAGGAAAAUCACCGGGAAGCAGCAGCUGCUUCGUUCAGCUAAGAUUGCCCACCGUGGCAACCAGUAAGAACGUAUCACUGUGAUGAAAAUUUUGCCGGCCAGCAGCAUGUGAAGAUCUUACAACAAGAUCCAUGUUGUUUGUUGAUCUGAGAGUCACUCUUUAAUACUUCCAAUAUAUUUUUCUUUAGUUUGAUGCCAGUUGAUCCCCAAAAAUCUUGACACGCUUUGCCCACAGAUUUAAGACCCCUUUGCAGCUGUAGACAGUAGUCACUUGCAAGUUGAAACUACAACGUAGAUUUCAAGAGUCAAAAGCACAGGCUGCGACUACCAUGUAGUUCGUAGACUAGUAUUUCCAGGCAGGAAUAUGGACACGAUUAGUCCAUUGUAUCACAGUACCAUACACAUAAUUUCGAGUAUAACGCUAAGCAAAGUUGAGUUCAUGACAAGUUAAACAUCGCCACACCCCAAACAUUGACUGGAUAUGCACUAGCCGUAACAAAUUAUGGACAAAUUUUGAGUUCAUGACAAGUUAAACAUUGCCA